ACCUAAAGUUAAUUUUGAUUUAUUAAUCAUCAGCUAUUGGGUGUCAAACAUUUGGUAUUGUGAAAUAUACUCUUAGGGAGAAACUCUCUACAUGUUUUUAUUAGUAGCAAGGGAUCUUCUAUAUUCACAAUUCCACAGACAGGAUAGCACAUUCCACGGCCUUUGAUAUACCAGUCGUGGUGCAAUGGGCUAUCCGACGAGGAUAGAGCGCUUUACCACUGAGCUACGUCCCGCCACACCAAGGAAGUUAAUAACUAGAGUAAUGAUAUAUUGACAUAUAUAAUGUUUUAUUUUUGUGCUUGUUUUUUUUUUUUUUUUUUUUUACAAAAGAUGAUCUACCACACACAAGAUAUUUUAAUGGCGCUCCGUAUUACGUGCAUCCUACUGCUGUUGCAAGGAGUCGAAUCCAGGAAGUUCUACAGCUUUCGGCUGCGUAACUGGAACGAUUACAUAUUCCCCUCCAAUCACAUAAAAGCUUUCUCGACGGAAGAUUGCGCAAUUCACUGCAUUAAUGACGUUACUUGCGCGACAUACUCCCACAGCGACCAGAAGGAAAAGUGUUUCCUGUCGCCAUUCCUGUUCUUGCGGGAUUUCAUUGACGCAUUGCAGAAACGAGCUGGCCAUGGAUACCGAACCUUCGGCAUCACCGAAAAAAAGAAGAUCGGUGAUUUUCGAGAAGGCUUCAGGUACCACGAAUCGGAGUCGUUUGCUGUGAAGUAUGUGUACUUCCAUCCUAACAUGGGUGGCAUAGCCCGGUUUAUCUGCAUUUUAAACGGGGGCAAACUGGCAGUGUUAGACACCUUACAGAAAUGGAAGAUCGUACAGAUGGACAUUAAAGGAAACAAAGAACUCAGUGACUUGAAAGAAGGAUUUUAUGUCGGAGCAAAAUACAUACCUCAGAAAGAGGGAUUUUACUGGUUCAACAAUAAACCUGUACAUCGUGACAUGUUGUCGGAGCGGACCCCCAAUUCCAAUGACAAGUGUGCCAUCCUCGGCCCUGAAGAAGAUGGAUUUCUGAUAGCACAGUACGACUGUAACAAAAAACUGCCUUAUAUAUGUUCCAUCGAUACAAAGCCGGCUGAUCUUGACUUUUAAUCAGGGUGGUUGGAGCCGACGUUGUAGAUGGAAGACUGUCCCUAGUCCUUUUCCCCGCCACCAUUUAAAGCUGCAAUUUCAACAGUUUUAAAUAUUUUUUAAAUUAUUAUUUAACUAUUUAAAAUCUGGUUCAUACCUCGCCUGUAAUAAGUGGGAUGUCAGUACAAGAAGAAUAAGGGUACUGUAAUAGACGAUGCCAUCAAGGAAAGACAUUUUAAAACUAAAAAAUGAUAUUUUUAAAUAUUGUUAUUACACCCUUGCAUCCACACUAGGUACCCACACAUAAAAAUACUCAAACCAACACACCACCAACAACAAUAGCAACAAAAAACAACAAACAAAACCAAAAAAACCCUACCCAGAACAAACAAAACAAACAAACAAAUAAACUAACAAAAAAGAAAGAAAGAAAAGAAAAAGGCGACAUGUUUUUUGAUGAAAUGUUUUAAAGUUGCAAUCGAGUUUGUAUUUUACGUUAAUAAAAGUUAACGAUGUUAUAAUAUGCUUAGAAGAGAUUGCAGCUUUAAAAAUAACGCCUCUUCGUUAUGUAGUAUAAUAAUAAUAAUGCGUGUACCAAGACUGUAUCAGUGCAAUUUGUACCUUUAAAUAAUUAUUAUAACAUUUCUACGUGUUGGUCUUUUAAAGCCUCUUUCACAAUUUCUCAACCUGUAAUGUAUUACACGUUAAUUAUUUUGAACAUAUUUAUAAAACUCGUGUAGACCUAUUUGUCAUGUUUAUUAUUGCUCUAUGUAUGUAGUGAUAUAUAAUCCGAAACUUAGAGCAUGCAUAUCAUUAUUUUGUAAUGAACGGUUUUAUUUUCUAAUAAUAGCAAUUAAAGGUGAAAUACCAUAGUUUUGUGUAGGUUUUUAUUUAACGACACACUCAACACGUUUUAUUUACGGUUAUAUGGGGUCAGACCACUAAGAUAUUAAGAGUGGAAACCCGCUGUCGCCAUUUGUUGGGCUACCAUAGGCGUCGAUCCGGCUUUAAAAGUGGUGGUGGUGGUGGUGGUGGUGGUGGUGGUGGUGUGUGUGUGUGUGUGUGUGUGUGUGUGUGCUAAACGAAAAGGUGUGGGGGUGGGACAUUUAUAUAGAUUGUCCCCCGGCGUCAAAAAGUGAGGGGGACGCGUCCCCCCUGUCCCCCACCGAUCGACGCCCAUGUGGGCUACACUUUUCGAUUAGCAGCAAGGGAUCUUUUAUAUGCACCAUCCCACAGACCGGGUAGUACAUAUCGGUGCCUUUGAUGUACAAUUCGUGGUGCACUGGCUGGAACGAGAAAUAACCCAAUGGGCCCACUGACGGGGAGUAAUAUCAUAGAUGAACUUGUCUAUUUUUAUUAUUAUAAUUAAAUGACGUUGUUUUAAUAUAUACUCUUCAAAAAAAGUAGGGGAACUCUAAUAAGAAUUUACAAUUGCCAAAAUUGUAAGGUAUAUUAGCUGUG